AUGGAGGAACCGGAGCCUCCAUUUACUGUGAUAGCCCAAUUCCCAUACACUUCGGAACAUGACGACGACUUGAACUUCGAGAAAGGUAGCCUGAUUACAGUGCAAUCCAUUGAAGAUGACGAGUGGUAUUUUGGUGAAUAUCAGGACGAGAGCGGGACCUAUAAGGAGGGCAUUUUUCCAAGAAGCUUUGUUAAGCUAGCCGGAGACGAGGAGCCUAGCAAGCCGGUGGAAGAUCCCUUGGACCGAGUUCCAUCCCCUACCCAAAACCCGGGCGCAGUUGCUUCGUCGGAGAGGAAUUCGAUCCCGGCCCAAGAAGAGGAUGUUUAUUCUUCUGAGCAGGAGGAGGAUCCCAAGAACUCAGCGGAACACAAUGCUGCUUCACAAGCAGCGUCCGUUCCGGUUCCAGUUCCGGUCCCAGUUCCGGCCCCGAUCACAAGUUCUGUCAAGCAAGAGAAGGCUAACCAGCCUCUUCAAGCGGAAGCUGGUGAGACGAAGAAGGCGCCUGUGCCUAUCUUUCCUGCAUCAUUCCCAAACUUUGGAGGCGUGGAAUCAGGACUUGAUAAAAGUCCGGUAGCUCCUCAAGCUUCUAGCGCGGACAUGCCAAGAGAUAGCGAGGAAGAUCAGCCAAAGAUGAGCCUCAAGCAAAGGAUUGCGAUGCUACAGGAGCAGCAGAGACUACAGCAGGAGCGCGAGCAGGAGCUGGUGCAAAAGAAGCUUGAAAAAAAGAAGAAGCAAGAACGCCAUGAAGCAGCUGUAAUUGAAGCCAGCUCCACUGAGGCACUUGUGAUCGGUGAGGAACAACCUGAGCAUCCCCAGGAAGAUUCUGUUCCAAGCACACCGGAAGAGUCUGCGGGGCCUCAGCUUCCUUCAAGUACUACUGUUGCGAAUGAUGAGAGCACCUCAGUUCGUCGCGACACGUCUGAGCAGGAAGCCGCGGAAGGCACUCAGGCUACUAUUGGCGGUGCUGAGCAAGAGAGACAACUGAAGGACCAUGAAACUGAUGAUGCAGAGAGUGAGGGAGGCCAUGCUGCAGCAGAAGAAGAAGACGAAGAAGCCCGUCGUGCGGCACUAAGGGAACGGAUGGCCAAACUGGCAGGUGCUGGCAGAAUGGGAAUGCCAGGGUCUUUUAAUCCAUUUGGAAUACCCAUUGCACCUCCUGAGGCAACUGCGGCGAAGACCAAGAAGCCAGAAGAAACAUCGAAAGGUGAUAAAGAGGUUUCCAAUCUCCCUCGUGCAGUUCCUGUAAUGCCCUUCGCCGAUCCAAAUGCGCUUCCAAUGUUCAAAAAUAAAGCACUAGAUACCUCCGAGAAAGAGGCUUUAUCUGACUCAAGCGAGGUUCCAAAAGAGUCAGCUGGUAUAUCUGAUCCGAGAGACGAAGAGAACGAUCAAGGUUCCGGGCACGUAGUUGAAGAGGUUAUAUCCAAAAAUGGAGCCUCCAAGUCUGCUCACGAGUAUGCAAAGCUCGCGGCCCCUCCUCCUCCUCUUGACACUCCAGGAAUGGAGGCCGACGCUGAGGAAGAAGCAGGGAUGGUCGAAAAUAACUACUUUGGAAAGGACGCUAGGCACACCACCGUGCAGCCAACCCAAAGCGAGACUGCCACCCCUGUAAAGUCUCAAACCCCUACCCAGUCCCCACCUAUUGAAAUGAAUCGUUCAAACUCAAAGAGCGAUCUUGCCUCAGACUCAGACGGCUACUUAUCGUCUGUCGAAGACAUUUCCGAGACCGGCCCCAAGUUCCCUAAGGAUAUUCCUCAUCUGUCUAAGCAUGCAGUAAAAAACGCCUUUUCUUCUACCCGGAGUUUGAGCUCGGGUAUUGAGUCAACAGGCGAUGGCACUGAGGCUAACCUAGGCCAGAACAAAGAAGGCGGCUUUGAUGUCGUGAAAGCAGCGCAGGACACCCGCCUUGAUACGGCGACUCUCAACGAAUAUGUCCCUCCACACUCGAAUUAUUUGACAAAUCAGCAUGGUGAGGCAAACAUCAGAGCGCCACCUGUUCCUUCUGCGCCGCCCGUACCUUUGAGACCUUCUGUGGAUCGAGUGUUACCUACGGAUGGUGAUGGCGAACGGCCUUCAGAAGCUUUCGGGGCCUCCACAAGCCGAGAAGCGCCACCUGUUCCUACCGGUGGAAGCGCGCCACCCAUUCCAGUCGAGAAAAGAGCGCCACCAGUUCCGCCUGUUGGAGGUGUGCCACCCAUCCCUCUCGAGAAAAGUACACCUCAAAUUCCUUCCAGCAGAGGUGCCCCGCAAGUUCCCACCGACAAAGGGGUACCACCAAUCCCUACUAACAAAGGAGCACCCCCCGUUCCAACUGGCAAGCAGCCUCUGCCCAUUCCUUCAGAGCCUAUAAGCAGGAGCACGCAGCACUCAGCUACUGAUAGGGGCCAUCCGGAUGUGCCUCCUGUGCCCUCAGUCCCUCAUGCGGUUAACCCCAUACCGUCUGAAAACCUUACUGAGAGUAAUUCGAAGAUCGGGAGCAUCUCCUCCGAAGCAGACACGCCUAAUCAGUUUGCCAGCUCAACACAAAAGACACCUAAAGAGGCGCCACCUCCACCUCCUCCAAUAGCCACGAAGAACGAAAACAUUCUCGAGGAGGGUCCGAAGUCUCCACCACCACCACCCCCUCCCUCGGUAUCUCAGCCAAGCCGUCGUCACAAUAGCGUCUCCUCUGUUGGUAGAGAAAAGCGUAAUAGUGGGAUUCCUGAGGUACCACGGAAUAUCCCUCCCAUCCCUGUUGCCACUGCUUCACAUGCGCCACCCUCGUCUGCUCCGUCUCCAUCAAAGAGUAUCCCCGAGUCCUUCAAAAACACAGAGCACUCGGUGCCGUCGUCCCAGGCACCCUCUGGUCCUGCUGGGAAAGAAAUGAAGAGAUCUCAAACAUUUGAAGCCAAUCUUGAGAACCAGAGGCCAUGCAUCAAGUUCGAUGCGGCAGAAGAGUGGUGGCUGACAAAAUCUAUACCAGCUGGUUUGAUUGGAAACAACCGUCUCAAAUACUUGUGGGAAAUGGACGAGAAUCGCAUAGAGAAGAGAGGCAAGGAGCAGUGGGUUAUGAGAGACUUUUACUUUCUCUUCGAGGACUACUCUCAACUGCAUGUUACCGUUACUUUCAAUGAGGCAAACCCUCAAUUAAGUGUGAAGUUUUGGGAGGAAUUUAUCCCCCGCCCCUCAGCGGGCCACGACUUGGAGAAAUUCGCCUCGAAAAUUGGCUACAAAAUUUUUGAGCAAGCAAACCAGCUAAUCAACACGUCUUCUCGUAACUUCGUCCCUAAACUCAUCGAAGGUUCGCGUGAGCCUGCCAUUCCCCCUAUUGCAUCCAGAACUUUCGGAGUUCCGCUAUUGACAUACUCGCCUGAAUCCACAUUGGACGAAGAUGCUUUGAAGUUGAUAAGACCUGGUGAUAUUUUGGCUGUCCGUAGAGGCAAGUUCCAAUCGCAUGGCAAGUUGUUGCAAAAGACAACCCACGAAAUUGGAAUGGAUGCUGUCCCCUUCGCCGGUGUUAUUACCGAAUACGAUUUCUCAAAGCACAAAUUUAGGGUGAUAGAAGAGCACAACGGCAAAAUAAAGCAAUCAAGCUAUCGCGUUCACGAUAUGAAGAGCGGUAAGCUCAAAGUGUACAGGGUUGUUGGCAGAAGUUACGUAGGCUGGUAA